AUGGGCCGAAGAGUGUGCAUGCCACUGCUGCUCUUUUUGAUAAUUUCACACGUCCGCUGCAAGCCUACUUCAAAAGCUAGAGAGGUGGAUGUGGAUGAUGGAAGGGAUAUUUUUGACAUAAACACAGAUGCAGGCUUGGAUCUCUUGGAAGGUGACAUUUGGAUGGAAAAGGCAACAAGGAACUCUAUUAUAGGAGACCAGUACAGGUGGCCAACGACCAUUCCAUACUAUUUUGAAGACGAUCUGGAGAUCAAUGCAAAAGGUGUGAUCCUCAAGGCCUUUGAACAGUACCGGCUGAAGACGUGCAUCGACUUCAAACCGUGGUCGGGGGAGGAUAACUACAUCUCUGUUUUUAAGGGAGGCGGAUGCUUCUCCUCCGUGGGGAACCGGCGGGUGGGCAAGCAGCGGCUGUCCAUCGGCGCGGGCUGUGAUCGCAUCGCCACCAUUGAGCACGAGUUUCUCCAUGCUCUGGGCUUUUGGCAUGAGCAGUCACGCGCUGACCGCGAUGACUAUGUCAACAUCAUGUGGGACCGCAUCUCAGAGGGAAGAGAGCACAACUUCAACACGUACAAUGACACUACCUCCAGCGCUCUUAAUGUGCCCUAUGACUAUGGAUCCAUGAUGCACUACAGCAAGAACGCCUUCCGUAACGGCACAGAGCCUACUAUCGUCACCAAAAUCCCUGCCUUCAGUGAUGUCAUAGGCCAGCGCAUGGAGUUCAGCGACUAUGACCUGCUGAAGCUCAGAAGACUUUACAACUGCUCAAGCACAUCCACGUUCCUGGACACCUGUGACUUUGAGCGUGAGAAUAUCUGUGGCAUGAUCCAGGGGCCAGGAGACCAAGCUGAUUGGCUGAGGGUCUCCAAGGCAGCUGGAGGACCAGACACAGACUACUCAAACAUGGGCCAGUGCACAGGCAAGGGAUACUUCAUGCACUUCAGCACUACAUCAGGAAACCAGGAUGACAAUGCCUUCUUAGAGAGCCGUCUGCUGUAUCCAAAGAGAGACUUCCAGUGCCUGCAGUUCUUCCUGUACAACAGUGGCCAUGCCACCGAUGAGUUGAGCGUCUGGGUGCGGGAGUAUGACGCCGCCAACCCUAACGGAACUCUGCGCCUCAUUCAAAAAGUCAAUGCUCCUCCUCAGAACAUCUGGCAGGUGCACCACGUGAGCUUGGAUGUCUCCAAAAAGUUCCGCGUGGUCUUCGCGGGAACCAAAGGUUCCGCCGCGUCCACCGGAGGCCUCUCCCUGGACGACAUCAAUCUCUCCGAGACCAAAUGCCCAGAGCACGUGUGGCGCAUCAAGGACUUCGACAAGGUCAUGUCGGAGACUCUGCAGGGGUCUGCCGUCUACAGCCCCCGCUUCACGUCCAAGGAGGGCUACAGCUUCCAGAUGGCCCUCUACCCCAAUGGCAAGACGCCGGACUAUCCCGGUGAGCUGGGUGCCUACGCCCACCUAGUGUCCGCGGAGGGCGACACGGACGCCGGUCUGAAAUGGCCCUGCCCCUGGAAGCAGAUCACUAUGAUGCUGAUGGAUCAGAACCCAGACAUCCGCUCCCGCAUGUCCAACCAGAGGAGCGUCACCGCAGACCCUACAGCCUUGCUCGAAGGAACAGAGUUCUUCAUCUGGGACGACCCCCGCAAGGUGGGGGUGCAGGUGACAGAUCCAGACACCGGAGCCAAGUACUACCGAGGGACCGGGUCGGGGACCCCCGUGUACCUGACCCAGGCCAGGGCACGCAGCCGAGACUUUAUCAAGGGAGGGGAUGCUAUCUUCCUGCUCACUAUGGAAGAUGUGUCUCACUUGGUGCCUGUGCAACCAGUUCCUAGCCCCUGUGAGCGCUUCAGCUGCGAGAAUGAAGGGGUCUGUGUGGUUGAGAGUACCGACACGCCAGUCUGCAGGUGUGCCUCCGGUGGUGACUGGUGGUACUACGGGGAGAAGUGUCAGCACAGGGGCACCAGUGAAGACCAAACCAUGACGGCCGUGUGGGCCGGAGUGGGAGUGCUCGCCGGCAUGCUGGUGGUGACCGUUGUCAGUGUGGUUUGUGUGAAGAAGAAGUACCAAAGGAGGAUAACAGACAUGGCCAAAGGCCUUCCCAUGGAUGACAUGAAGGUGCAAAGAUUUUAGACGCUCACUCUGGCCAUACUAGUGAAUGGAAAUGUAGCUUUGUGGAGCAUUUCCAAGUCAAUACAGUAUUAUUUAUAACACUCAGCGAACAACACGUAUCUGUUGAGGAUGAAAGAAUCUAAUAAUGUCAUCUGUCAAUAAACCCCUGAAAUGUCCCGUCAUUAUCUCAUGCUACUAUUACACUAGUUCCGUUUAAAAAUGUGGAAAUUCCGAAAGGAAUUGUUCAUGAAUUCUUGCCAAAUGAAAUGUGUUUUCAAGGCCCUGCAGCCAUGCAUUGUUCAACUAUUACUAUUUAAUUCUUGAAAAGAAUCAUUGUAAUCAUGUAAUUUAUCAGA